AUGUCUUGGAAACGCAUUAAAUAUUUUGAUGUUGAUUUCUACACGCCAGUCUCAUAUGGCAACAGGACCCAUGAACUGUGUCGACUGCCGAAUGGGAUUAUAACUUUGCUGAUUUCGGAUCCCACAGAGAGCGCUAUUGGCUGUUCGUUAACGGUCGCUGCUGGAUCUUACCAUGACCCUGAAGAGAUUCCGGGGCUAGCUCAUCUUUGUGAACAUAUGCUUCUUGCGGGAGGCUCAAAGAAGUAUCCCAGCUUAGGUCUUUACCAUGAUGUGAUAGCGAAAAACAAUGGGUCGCAUAAUGCUUUCACUACUGGCGACCAAACGAGUUUCUAUUUUGAGUUACCAGAUUUCCAUCAGUCUUCAGACACUAACUUUGAAAAAGUAGCAGAUAUAUUUGCAUCUUUCUUUGUUGAACCGUUGUUCGACCGUGCUUCGAUCAACAAGGAGGUUUAUGCUAUCCAAAAUGAACAUGAUAGUAACGUUUCUAAUACGACUAAGAUAUUGUACCACGCCACUAGGUUGCUGAGUGACCAAAAUCAUCCUUUUAGCCGGUUUAUGACGGGCAACAUGUCGACUCUCAGGAGAAACGCACAGUCAAAGGGCUUAAGCCUGAGGGGUUCGUUAUUGCGCUUCUUUAGGAAGAACUAUGCCGGUUGUAGGAUGACACUAUGCAUCAGAGGGCCCCAAUCGGUGCAUGGCCUUGCGAAAUUGGCACUAAGCACAUUCAGCGAUAUACCGGCAUUUUCUCCUGAGGAGAAAGGUCCGCCAACAAAUAAUUCGCAUAAUCUUCAUCUAGGGCAAGAUGAGAAUCCGUUAUGCAUCAAUGUAUUGAGGGACGCGUGGGCAACAAACCUCCCUACAGCGUGUUGCUUCCCAGACGGCCCGGUUUGCAAUGCAAUCUUCGUAAACUCAACCAAGCACCCGAUUGCCAGGUUUUUGUUUCCAGUUCUACAGCGCAACACGAUUUUUACAAGCAAAGAUUUUGCAAUCUAUGCGCAAUUCUGGGUCGAGUUAUUUGGGGACGAGUCACCGGGGUCGCUUAGCUACUACUUGUCGCAGCAUGGUUGGAUAACAUGCUGUUAUGCUUACAGUUCGGAUUUUUCUUUCGAUAACUCAGCGCUAAUUCUCGAGCUUUCUCUGACAAACUCUGGCUGGCAAAAUAUCGAGCUUAUUGGACAAGUUAUCCUCUUCUCCAUGAUACCUGCGUUCAGUAAGAAAAAUACAGUUGAGUUAGCACGAUUUCUGAGUGAACAGUUCAGCAUCGACAUAAUAAAAUUUCUCUCUUCGACUGCUGACGGCUCGCCUAUGGAGGAAUGCUCACAAUUGAGUAGCCUGCUACAAAAAGAUCUCCGAACUUCUGAUAUCUCGUAUAUUUUCAAGGGUUUACCAAUGCUUAUGGAUUGCACCGCGAACGUGGGCCUUUUCGGUGAAAGCAGGAGCAGCAAAGAAUGGUGGAUAGGCCAAGCAAUCAAGUUUCAAAGCUAUCUGAAAAGUUUCAUGAGUUCAUCCAAGAUGCGAAUGAUAUUACACGGUCCGUUGCGAGAUUGCCCAAUGUUCGACUCAGCGGUACAAGGCAAGAAUACGGCUUUUGACCAAUUCUACGCGUUUGAGUACUUCAAAUGUAACCUCGACAUAAAAAAACCGCCGCAACAUUUGACGCCAUCGAGCUUAUUUCAUAUCCCGCUAGCGAACGAUUAUAUACCGACAUUUCACAGGACUUUCCUUUCUUUACGGGCGAAAUUGGAGGAAUCUUCCCAGAGAUCCAAGGAAGCAUCUCUCGCCUUCUCAGUUAGACGCACCGAUCUACUUGCGGUUCCACGUCUGGUGAGCCGAAACGAGAAACAUGACAUGUGGGUUCUCGAUGAAGCUUCGAACUUUUCCUCUCAGACCUUGGUGACUUUUGAGCUAACUAAUCUGCAAAUCAAGGCUAGUCCAGAAAACACCAUAAAUUUGGAAGUCUUGGCACAAAUAAUUUCUUUAACUUUGUCAUCCGACCUAUAUCCAGCGGUUAAACUCGGAUUCUCGUUACAGAUUUUUCCAUCUAUGCAAGGCGAUGUUCGAUUGAAGUUUACAGUUGGUGGAUAUUCAGAAAGAAUAUUGCAGCUUAUUAAAGCAUCAAUUGACGCUAUUCAGAGAACCGCCAAGGACUCAUCUUUUCCAUCCAGAGAACUGUUCAGGAGUGCUCGAGUUCUCGUAAGAAAAAAGUACGAAAAUGCGGCGAACGAGAACAGCAUCAAGCUAGCUAGCGUUGGGCUUUUGAUAAUUAUGGAAAGGUACAUGUGGACAUUAGAAGAUUUGAUCGAGGCCAUUGAGAACACGGAUAUCAAUGCCUUCAAGGAAUUCUGCGCUAUGUUUGCUAACAGUUCUACACACUUAACAUUGUUCAUCCAAGGUGACCUUUCAUGUGCCGAUGACAUAAAUGGCUACCUCGAUCACAAGAUUACUCAUCAUCUUCGAGCAUCUUUAACAGAAACUCCACGUAGACAAAAAACCAGUUCGACGAAGCGGCUGGAUCCCGGUACUAACGUCUAUUUCAGGUACAUGGGCCGAAAGGAUGAUCCUACCAAUUCCAUCGUGUAUUUUAUCCAAACAGGAUUGCGAAAUGAUCAACAGAGUUUGACCUAUAGCGCUCUGUGCGAGUAUAUCAUGUCCUUCUCACUCGUCCCACAGUUGAGGAAUAGGAGACAGCUUGGUUAUGUGGUACUUGGCGGACUUCGUCUGCUUUGCGACACCAUCGGUCUACAUAUCACUGUAAUGUCAAGUUCUCCGUCCACCAUCCUGGAGGAUCAUGUUAACCAGUAUUUACUUUACCUUGAGGAUGACGUACUGAACACACUGACAGAGCAAAGAUUCCGGACGGAUAUCAUCGAGAGCUUCUUAGGCCUUCUAGAGAAGGACGGUUUAGAUAAGCUCGAGAAAUAUGCUGGACCAGCGGACCUCUUGGAUGAACUUGCUGCCAACAUCCAGCAUGGUGAUACAUCUGUACUACAGAGUCAUUCAAUGAAGAGACACAAAAAGCUUGCGAAUCAGAUCCUAGCUGGACAGCAUAACUUCGCGGACUAUGGGCUUGUAGAUCUUGCCAUGCUCCGCCGGCUGACCCUUCACCAAUUCAAGGCAUUCUUCGCUGAAACCGUAUCAAUUCGUUCCAAGACUAGAGCUAAGAUCUCAAUCCUGGUCGGAAGCCCCUUGUCCGAUGAACAGAUCACCAGUCGUGCAAUUUUUCUGCAAUUACAGUGCCUAUUCAAGCUUCAUGGGCUUGUUAUCGAAUCAGACAGGCUACGGGAUAUAGUCGACAGAUCUGCUGGAAAGCCUACAAGACUAACGAAAGAACUCUACCAAUAUUUCCACGCUCGCCGCGAAACAUGGAGACUUUGCACCCUGAUAUUGCGAGAAGUACUCAGAAUGUUAGCCGUGAAUCUAAGGUCAAGGCGUGAUAGAGAAGCGGCAAUGACAACAAUAGAUCAAGGGCAUGCACCAGCCGUCCAGCUGACAUACAUGGAGGAUGUGAACGUAUAUAGAAGGGAAUUUGUCGAGUCCCAUCCUUCCCUAUCUAAAUAA